AUGUUUAAAAAAGGCAAAUUCCAAUUUCAACGAAGCGAGCCCAUUGAACCACCCAGAAAAGGACUAAGAAACUCGCCAUAUGCGUGCAUCGUCUUUGCCGUCGCACUACCUACCCUGUACACAAACUCGGAAAUGUUGGCCAAGCAAAGGCAAGAUCGGGAGCUCCGCUUGACCCAUUCAUUCUCGCUCGCUCUCUCACGGCUCGGCUCAAAUACGCAUACCGGAUCCCGCGUUUCACCAUAUUUUCCCACCGUCACAAUGGCCGUCGCCUCUGCUCUUCUCAUCAUCGUCAUCACGAUCCUCUUCCCUCCCGCGGGAGCCUGGGCCGUCUCAGGAUGUGGCAUGGACCUGUUCAUCAACAUCUGCCUGACCAUUCUCGGAUACAUCCCGGGCCACCUGCACGCCUUUUACCUCGAGUACAUCUACUUUGACCGCCGAGAGCAGGCGCACGAGGGCCGCUACCCCGCCAGGCCAGCACCGGGUGUAUACUCGGACAAUGUGCAGACUGGCGGCCAGGGAUACGGCACUAUUGUGCACCAGACGCAAGCGCUCCAACGCCAUGAGGCGCGCUUGCCAAAAAACUUUAUUUUUUUUCAACAAAAAGAGAGAGGGAAGUGGUUGCCCUUACUGUCUUCGAACAUCAAGCUUGCAAUGGCGUUUUCACUUCUGGAUAUGGAGAUGUCCAGUUUCCGAGGUUGGAUCUUUGGCAUGGCAAUAGUCGACUGUCUUACGAAUAUAUGCGUACGCGCGGGUCGAUACUAUGGACGAGUCAAAACCAACGACAGACAGCCAGAUGAAACGAUGAAACAACUUUUCACUGCGUUUUUGAUUCUCUCUUCUGCCGCGGCUUCACUGGGCGCCCUGGCCAGCUUCGCAUGUAGUCUUGAACUUGGCAGUUUCAUCUUUAUCUCUCUGAAUACUCUUGGCUCCAUCGAUCUGAACCAGCCGCCGAUUCUUACGCGUCGGGUUCAGAGAAGCAGCGUUUGA